AUGUCAACAUCAACACCCGAGAGAAGACGCGCCCUCGCCCCGCUAGACGCGAACAAGCAAUCACCAGCCCCCCCGCGCUUGAAGUUCGACAGCAGUAAUACCUUAACGAAGAAGCCCGUCAGUCCGGUCUCUGUUCGGGGCCUAGCCCUCGCGAGGUCCCCCGUCAAGAGCUCGGGGACCGAGGCGAGGAAGAGGCCGCUCGAGGUCUUCCAGGGAGAUGAGAACGGCAUCAUUGCGAAGAAAACCUGUGUAGAGGUGGAAAUCGGAAGGAACGAUAGGACAGGAGAUGAUUUCACUAUGUCCACAGAGAGGGAUCAAUCAGCUUCUCCCGACGCGUCGUCCAUAUUUGACACCUCCGGCCUCGAGACACACAACUCGACAGCUACCGAUGUUGAACUUGGCGAGAGUCCUCAAAGGGCGUCCGUGUCGCGUGCCCAGACCCGAAAGAUGGCUGGCGAUCUCUUGACGCGGCUCAGACUGGCAAACUACAAGGUCAGGACAGGUCAAGCCCACGUUCCCUUUACACAACUCGAGGCACGAUCAUUGCCCGGACGACGAAACAGCACCCCUCUACCGACUUUUCAAGUUCAGCAACCCUCUCCGCCAUCGGCUUCCCAAACGCGAACCACCGAGACGAAUGAGGGCGCCGAAGACGCGACGGGGCAACAACCACUCUUGGCAAGCAAGCCUCAAACACAAACAGUAACAGCUCCUGUUGAUAGGAGGAACGAGAGCAACGACGCCCAACUUUGGGGGGCGUCAACAUAUCGAAACGCCGGCCGAGAAGAACCCACGUUACCCCCUUUACUCACCUCUGGAAAGCCAACGCCAUUGAGGCCGACCGCGGGGGGAGAGGCAGAGAAACUCCCGAGUAGUGUGCGAAGGGGUGGUGCAGCCAGUAGCCUUCUCCGUUUGGCGAAGGGUGACGAUUGA